UAGAGCUACACUACUAAAGGAUCAAUGUUGUAUUAGCGAGACUGCUCGCUACAGCAUCAUAGCGCUCGAGACAAAUGAAUCCUUCGAAUCGAGUAUAAAUCACGGCAGCGGUGCGGCCGGCGUCCGGCGCGAGGGCAGGCGGGCAGCGACAGUGUCGGGAGAUGGCGGGCGCGGCAGUCCCGGCCCGAGCCCCGCGCCGACCACACGUGCGACCUGCUGCGCCAGGACGCCGCGCCGUGCGUGCUGUGCUGUGAGUGACUGCGGCCCAGUGUGCGGGGCAUGCCGCGCGGCGGGCGGGCGAGCGCGCGCGCCGCGCCGGACCCUCGCUGACCCCAUGCGCGCGCGCAGCCCGCGGCCCGCGCCGCUGCUGCUCGCCCUCGCCCUCGCCUGCACCCUGCAACGCGCGGCGGGGGCGGGCGUGUUCGAGCUGCAAGUUCUCGAGUUCUCCAAUUACCGGCUGCAGCUGGCGUCGGGCGCGUGCUGCGGCGCCGCGGACGCCGCCGGUGCGCCGGGCGCCGCCGCCGCCGCCGCCGCCUGCGCGCAGCCGUGUCGCACGCGCUUCACGCUGUGCCUCAAGGAGUACCAGUCGGCCGCCGCGCCCGGCGCCUGCUCCUUCGGCCGCGCCGCCUCGCCCGUGCUGGGCACCGACUCCUUCACGCUGGCCGACCCGCUCUACACGCUGGCGCUGCCCUUCUCCUUCCGCUGGACGCGCUCCUUCACGCUCAUCCUGCAGGCCUUCGACGACGCGAGCGCCGCCGAGCCCGCCGACGACGCCGGCCUCAUCGAGGAGGCGUGGUGGUCGGGCAUCGUGGAGCCGGGCGCCGAGUGGCACGCGCUGCGGCACGCGGGCGCCGCCGCGUCCGUGGCGUACCGCGUGCGCGUCACGUGCCAGCCCAACUACUACAACUCCACCUGCACCACGUUCUGCCGCGCGCGCGACGACAAGUUCGGCCACUACUCCUGCACGCCGGCGGGCGGCAAGCGCUGCCUGCCCGGCUGGCAGGGCGACAACUGCGAGCGGCCCCAGUGCAAGGCGGGCUGCCACCCGGCGCACGGGCGCUGCGACGCGCCCGGCGAGUGCGCGUGCCGGCCCGGCUGGCGCGGCGAGCUGUGCGCGCAGUGCACGCCCUACCCCGGCUGCAAGCACGGCUACUGCAACGGCUCCUCGUGGGACUGCACGUGCGACACCAACUGGGGCGGCAUCCUGUGCGACCAGGACCUCAACUACUGCGGCACGCACGAGCCGUGUCGCCACGGCGGCACCUGCGAGAACACGGCGCCCGACCAGUACCUGUGCACGUGCGCCGACGGCUUCUCGGGCGCCGACUGCGAGCGCGUGGACAACCCGUGCGCGCCGCAGCCCUGCGCGCACGGCGCCUGCGCGCUGGCGCCCGGCGCGCCCGGCGGCUUCGCGUGCGCCUGCGAGCGCGGCUGGGCGGGCGCGCGCUGCGACGUGGACGCCGACGACUGCGCCAGCGCGCCGUGCCGCAACGGCGCCACGUGCCGCGACGCGCUGGACGCCUUCGCAUGCGAGUGCGCGGCGGGCUGGCGCGGGCCCGCGUGCGCUGACGACGUGGACGAGUGCGCGGCGGGCGAGCUGGGCCCGUGCGUCAACGCCGCCGCCUGCAACAAUACGGCGGGCGGCUACGCGUGCGCCUGCCUGGCCGGCUGGACGGGCCGCGACUGCGAGCUCAACGUGGACGACUGCGCCGGCCAGUGCCUGCACGGCGCCACGUGCAUCGACCUGGUGGACGACUUCCACUGCGCGUGCGCCGCGGGGUACGCGGGGCGCACGUGCGCGCGCGACGUGGACGACUGCGCGGCGCGCCCGUGCCGGCACGGCGGCGAGUGCGUGGACCUGCUGGACGCCUACCGCUGCAUCUGCCCCGUGGGCUUCUCCGGCGCCGACUGCGAGGACGACCGCGACCACUGCGCCGACGCGCCGUGCGGCAACGGCGCGCCGUGCUACACCGCGCAGAGCGACUACUACUGCCACUGCGCGCCCGGCUGGACCGGCAAGAACUGCACGCAGCGCGCCGCCCGCGAGCAGCCGGACGUGUGCGCGUCCAGCCCGUGCCGCAACAACGGCUCCUGUGUGCCGGGCCCCGCCGGCCCCGUCUGCGCCUGCGCCGCCGGCUGGACCGACGCCACCUGCUCCUCGCGCCUCGAGCCGCCGUGCGAGCCCGCCUGCGCGCACGGCGGCUCCUGCGUCGGCGAGCCCGCGCCGCACUGCGCCUGCCCGCCCGGCCGCGCCGGCGCCGCGUGCGACGCGAUCGCCGCGCCCGCCGCGCCCGCCGCCGCCUGCUCGUGCCUGCACGGCGGCUCGUGCGUGGCGCGCGACGGCGCCUGGGCCUGCGUCUGCCGCGCCGGCUGGGAGGGCGCCCGCUGCGAGCGCGCGGCGCCGGGCUGCGCGUCCCAGCCGUGCCGCCACGGCGCGCGCUGCGUCGGCGGCGACGGCUGGUGGGCCUGCGAGUGCGCGCCGGGCUGGGCGGGCGCCGACUGCGGCGAGCCGGCCUGCGAGCCCGCCUGCCCGCCGCCCGCGCAGUGUCUGCCGGCGCCCGGCGGCGGCGCGCCGCGCUGCGUGUGCCCCGCGCAGGGCCGGGCGGCGCGCGGCUGCCUGGAGCUGCUGGCGGGGCUGGGCGCGGAGGGCGGCGCGGCAGCGGCGGCGCCGGGCGCGUGCGGCGCGGACAACGGCACGUGGUGGUGGGGCUGCAACGCGUGCCGCUGCGCGGCGGGCGCGCCGACGUGCACGCGGCUGUGGUGCGGGCUGGCCGACUGCCUGGCGCCCGCGGCGGCGCCGUGCCGCGCGGACGAGGUGUGUGUGCCGGCCGCGCCCGCGCUGUGCCUGCGCGCGCCGUGCGCGGCGCCGGGCGAGUGCCGGCGCGUGGCGGGGCGGCGCGUGGAGCCGCCGGCGCUGCCCGCGCCCGCCGCGUGCUGGCCGGGCGCGCGCGGGCCGCCGCCGCCGGGCUGCGCGCGCGCCGAGCUGCGGCUGGCGCGCGAGCGGCUGCUGGCGGGCGCGCACGUGGAGCGCGCGUGCGGGGCGCUGCGGCGCGCGCUGGCGGCGGCGCUGGCCGCGCGCGAGCCGCCCGCGCCGCCGCUGACGCUGCUCUGCGACGUGGCGCCCGACGACGAGGACGCGCUCGACCUCGCUCUCUGGGUCGGCGAAGAGGAGGAGGGCGGAGACGCGAGCGCGCUGGCGGCCGCCGUGCGCGCGCUCAGCGAGCUGGUGGCGCGCCGCCGCCUCGCCGCGCACCCGCUGCUGGCCGCCGCGCUGCGCCUGCGCGUGCUCGCCGCCGCGCCCGCGCCCGCGCCCGCGCCCGGCGGCGGCGCGCUGCUGGCGCUGGCGGCCGGCGCGCCGCUGCUGCUGCUGGGCGCGGGCGCGGGCGGCGCGCUGCUGCUGCGCCGGCGCCGCGCCGCCGCCGCCGCGCGCGCGCGCCGCUGCUGCGACGAGGAGAAGUCCAACAACCUGCAGAACGAGGAGAACCUGCGGCGCUACGCCAACCCGCUGCGCGAGGAGCCCCUGCGCGCGCACUCGCUGUACAAGGCGCAGAACGCGGACGCGCGCAACCACACGCCGCCGCGCGACAAGGAGCUCACCAAGCGCGCGCUGCCGCCGCCCGAGCCGCCGCCCGCCGCCGCGCCCGCGCCCGCCGCCGCCUCCGCGCCCGCCUCCGCGCCCGCGCCCGCGCCCGCCGCGCGCCACCCGCCGCCCGAGCGCCUCACCGUGCUGGUGUAGGAACUGCCUGCUAUUUAUUGUGUCGUGGAGUGAUCGUGAAGUGUAAAUAAUAUGUAUUUUUGUAAAUAGUGUUACAGAGUGAACUGAGGAAAGCGAAAGUGCGCCGCUCGACUCGGGUCGAGAGGUCGAAGUGUGGUUUUUUAAUAUUUGUAAAGAAGGUUGUAAAUUUUAAAAGAAAGUCGUUAUAAUAAAAGUUGAUAAAUCUAG